ACAAUGGAGCUCUCCCUCCUCCCCUCCCUAUCCGCGCGCCACCACCGCGCCCUCCCCCUCUCGCUCCCGCCCCCCGCGGCGGCAAGGACGGCGCAGCUGCGGCGCCCGGCCGCCUUCGCCUGCCGCUGCUGCUCCGGCUCCUCCCACGACGGGGCGACACGGCGGUGGUUCGCCUCCCUCCUCGCCGCCACCGCAGCUGUGGGGAUUGGCGUGGCUGCGGGUGACGCCGACGCGGUGUCUACCAGUCGGAGAGCGCUAAGGAGCGCCAAGAUUCCGGAGAGCGAGUUCACCACUCUGCCCAAUGGUCUCAAGUACUAUGACAUUACGGUGGGAACUGGGCCCAAAGCUGUUAAAGGAUCCCGUGUCGCAGUACAUUAUGUGGCCAAGUGGAAGGGCAUAACAUUCAUGACAAGCAGGCAGGGUCUCGGUGUUGGGGGUGGAACGCCAUAUGGGUUUGAUAUUGGCAAUUCUGAGAGAGGCAAUGUUUUAAAGGGAUUGGAUUUUGGGGUUGAGGGAAUGAAAGCUGGAGGCCAGAGGUUGAUCAUAGUUCCUCCUGAACUGGCUUAUGGAAAGAAGGGUGUUCAGGAAAUUCCUCCAAAUGCAACUAUCGAGCUGGAUGUUGAACUACUAUCAGUCAAACAGAAUUCAUUUGGGACUCCUGUGAAGAUCAUUGAAGGAUAAAUAUGCAUAGACUUCUGCAGUAAGUAGUAUAUAUAGUUUGGACAUAUCAUUUCAACAUCUGAGAAAAGGGAUAGAUGUAUCAAAAUUCGUUGGUGCCUUGGUGGUGCUGCAUAGAUAAGCGCAUGAUCAUGCAAGGAUUUGAACUGAGUUGAAAUAUAGAUUUUCCAGAUUUUCUCUGUUGAAUAAAUGGAAUUUUUAUUA